UUUUCCCUCAAUUUCUCGUUGCGGCUUUCUCUUUGGUUUUCUCUCCUUAUCUCAAUCUCACAACCCGUGUCUGAUAGUUUUCAUGCUUGCAAUGCUUCUAAGAAGACCUAGAUUUACUUAUUUUGUUGGGAAAAGAUUUUUCAGUAACAAUGCCUUUGAUCAUGCUGUUGCUGAGCUAAAUAAGGAGAUGGAAUUAAUCUUCGGUGAAACUCCUUCGUCCAGUGUCAUGGACUCAACAUCAAGAACCCAAGAAUCUCAAGUUACUACUUCUAGAUUAGAUGAAAGCCAGCAAAGCCUUUCUCAUGUUGAUAUCUGUGGGCAAGCCAGUAUGGUCGACAUCUCUUCCAAAGCUGACAGCAAAAGAGUGGUUGUGGCUGGUUGCAGAGUUCUAUUGGGAAAGAAAGCAUUUGAUAUGGUUGUAGCCAAUCAGAUUGCCAAAGGAGAUGUUUUCACUGUUGCAAAGAUAGCUGGAAUUAGUGUAGCAAAGCAGACUAGCAACCUCAUCCCACUCUGUCAUAACAUCGGCCUCGCUCAUGUUCAGCUUGAUCUAACUCUGAAUGAGAGAGACUAUAGUGUGAAUAUAGAAGGGGAAGCUACAACAACAGGAAAAACCGGUGUGGAGAUGGAAGCAAUGACUGCAGUUACGGUAGCUGGUCUUACAAUUUAUGAUAUGUGUAAAGCUGUUUCAAAGGAUAUCAAUAUUACAGACAUCCAUCUUAAGCACAAAAGUGGAGGAAAAAGCGGUCACUGGUCCAAAAAUUCAUGAGAUCUGUAUCCGGGAUAGUUUAAGUU